AUGUAUUUAUACCACGUAUCCCUUUUACUCCCUGCAUCCUCAUACAACUCCCCAAUCCACCCAAAGUCCGGAAAGCUGACUACCAAGGUCUUCCUGACUCGCCAGCUGCUCAAAUACACCACCUCUUUACGACUCAGACAAAUCGGUGAGCUAUCCUUGGCCUCGGAGGAUAUAUCGACCUCUCACAAUGAAGUCCCAUUCGACUACGAUCUCUACUUUCAAUCCAGCCUCCUCUUGUUCCUCUUCCUCCUCUACCUUAGUUUCUUCCAACUCGUCUACAACCCUGGUCUCUUCCAAAACCUCAUCCUCCUCCGACUCUGCCUCGUUCUCAUUCUCGAGACCGCGGAGAUGGAAAUCCUCGCUGGGAUCACCCAGCUGGCGGUCAUGCUUGACCGCAAAGAUGGUCUGGACGAGGCCCACCAAGAAGAGAGAGACAGACUUGCGUCUGGAAUCGAAGAUGCCAAGGUACUACUUGGGCUACAUCUCUGUCGCAUUGAGAACGACGUUACAAGACAGGUUCUACUGGACACUUUCUUGCGCCACCUUGGACCAACAGAUGCGCCGUGGAUGCUCGGUCCGCUUCUUGCGCGUAUUGCUAGUGGGAUUUAA